UGAAGCUGGCGGGUUGGGCUCAAUGGUUGGCCAGAGCUAGACUCCAGACAUUUACACGGUCCUACCGAGGGACAGAGGGAGGCAGACAAGCCCAGCGCCAGGCUGUGUGUCCGCAAACAGUCCGGGAAACAAGCUGAGAGUGCGAGGGGAGAAGUUUCCAGGUGUAGCCUCUUCUUCUUGUCGCCUUCCCUUCUUCGCCUCUCAAGAAAGCAGUGUGUGUGGGAUAGUGAUUGGAGUUGACAAGCCCGCUCCACUACUGUAUCUACUCCCUCCUCCUCUUCCUCCUCCUCCUCCUCCUCUUUGCUCCCGCUCCUCACAACCAGGAAAUCGUCGAGGUGUGCUUCUUUAUCCCGCUUGUGGCGACCCCGUUUUCGGGAGUAGAUGCGUUAUUUUUUUCCUCAAAAUUUUUGGUCGUCCUUUUUUUUUUUUUUUUUUUUAAAGAAAAUAAAUAAAACAAUUCAUUAAGUGUGACCUUUUAAGCCAGCCUUCGCCUCUUGAAGUCAGCCGAAGUUGCCUACGAGCAGAGGAGCUCCACUCUGGCCGAACAAUGAGUGAGUCGAGUAUUUGCCAGGCUCGGGCCACUGUGAUGAUCUAUGAUGAUGGCAAUAAGAAGUGGCUUCCUGCAGGCGCUGGACCCCAGGCCUUCAGCAGAGUGCAGAUCUAUCACAACCCCACCAACAAUGCCUUCAGGAUAGUGGGACGCAAGAUGCAGACAGACCAGCAGGUGGUUAUAAACUGUCCAAUCGUAAGAGGCCUCAAGUAUAACCAGGCCACACCCAAUUUUCACCAGUGGCGGGAUGCACGACAGGUCUGGGGACUCAACUUUGGAAGCAAGGAGGAUGCCACUCUUUUUGCCAAUGGCAUGGCCCAUGCUCUUGAUGUCCUCAACUCCAUGUCAGACGCAGGUUAUGCUACACUCCCACGCCCUGUGUCAAAUGGACCCUCUCCAGAAGAGCUUGAGCAACAGCGGAGGUUGGAGCAGCAGAGACUGGAACAGGAGCGACAGGAGAGAGAAAGACAAGAGCAAGAGCGGCAGGAAAGGGAGAGACAGGAGAGAGAAAGACAAACUGCUGCAGUCCAUAUUCCUCCAGCUCCACCCAUGGCCCCUGGAGGCCCCGUUCCUCCACCUGCUCCUCCUCCACCCCCUGGCCCUCCCCCAGCUGCCGGCAUCCCUCCCCCGCCAGGACCACCUCCCUCAGGUCCUCCACUUGCCCCGCCCCUUCCCUCUGGAGGAGGAGGAGGAGGAGGUGGAGGAGGAGGAGGAGAGGGCCUUGGUGGUGGUGGGGGCUUGGCAGCCGCCCUAGCAGGGGCUAAACUCCGCAAAGUAUCCAAGCAGGAGGAUGGAGCCCCUGCAGCUCCACUAGGCAGAGCUGACUCCAGCCGCAGCAGCAACUCUUCCAUCGGAGGAGGAGGAGGAGGUGGUUUGAUGGGUGAGAUGAGUGCUAUCCUGGCGCGAAGGAGAAAAGCUGCAGACACUGGAGAGAAGGUACCCUUGAAGACACAAGACAAUGAUGAUUCAGAGUCUCAAGGUCAAAGUGAAACCCUGAGAAGACCCUGGGAGAAGUCAUCCAUGGUCAGGAAUAACUCCAUCCCCAAGAGCAUGGACGCCUCGUCCUCAUUGCCCCAAACUCCCAGGGCAAAGAGCGUGAGCAGCAAUAAUGAUGCAGGUGGAAUGGAUGACUCAGAUUUAGAGAAAAUGAAACAGGAGAUCCUGGAGGAGGUGCGGAAAGAACUACAAAAAGUCAAAGAGGAAAUUAUUGGAGCCUUUAUUCAGGAGCUUCAGAAGAGAAGCACAUAGUUCUGCUGCGUGUCAGGUGUAUCAGAGGGAUGUGAUGGAGGCGGUUGAGGCCCGUUGGGACGUCUCCUCCACUGCGCCCUCUCAUGUAGCCCAGGGAUUUCUCUUUUUCUCCUACACAUUUUCUCUUUUCUCUCUCUUACACAGACACAUGUGAGCAUACUUGCUUAUUUGUACAACAUGCAUAUUCACUUCAUGUAAAUGGUAACCCAGGGAAACUCCUCGCGCCGCCACCCGGCACUUUUGACGAUCAUUCAGCUAUCGUUGUGGCGGUCAUCCCAUCUGUACCAUCUCUCCCCCGUUCAGUCACCCCUCAUGUCGUCUAUGUGUUCGCUUCAUCUUAAACCAUUUCAGAGCACAUAGCAUCCAAUUUUGUCAUCAUAAUUACCCUCUGCAGAAAUCCUUCUACUUGUGUCCUCUCCCUCCUGCUAUCAGAUGCACCAUUUACUGAUAGAGCAGUCUUCAGUAUUCAGGGACGAUGUAUUAGUCAUACUUUUUACUGUAAUGGCAAGAUGCUGGCAUGCUGGGAUCCUUUUUCCUCUCUUUCUCAGUUGGUUCGUAGCUUACGUCUAUAAUGGUAGUCCGGACGGAAAUACACCAAUAAUCGAGGAUGGAUCAGGGAACUUAUCUCCCUCACUACAGCAGCAGACCUCUAUCAAGUGGACUUCGAGCCCCCGGCAAAGACUAAAAAACUAAAACAGCACAACACAAGCCUUCACUGCUGCAACACAGAGAUGUUAGAGGAAGAGGAGAUGAGCAAAGGGAAUUUGAUGGACAACCAGAGUGCUGUCAAAGAGGAGUGUGUUGUAGUUUUAUGAGGUGUGAGAAAUUUUUUCUCUUUGCAUUGCACUUGUUCCAGAGGAAGUGUGUCUGUGUGCCACACUGCCUUGAUAUAGACUCUUCCCUCUCACUCAAAAUGAGAUAUUGUUUGUUGGCUGGUGCAUUGGUCCUACUGGACACUGUUUCGGCUCGUCGUUGUUCUCUUCCAUUCUAGCUGUGUUUUUUUUUUUUUUUUUUUUUUUUUCUUUUCUAAUUUUGAAACACGAAAAAUGGCCAUGAUGAGGUCAAUUAAUUUGGCCAUGACCAACUGCCUUGAAAAUAAAUAAAUAUAUAAAUAUAUAUAUAUAUAAGGAAUAAAUAUAUAUUUGUUUUGAGGGAAAUGUUAGCGAAAAUGAAAUGGUGUUUCUAUUUUAAUUGAAAUGACUGGUGAAUGGGGAUUUCUUUUCUUUUUUUUCAAUGAUUGUUUUCUUAUAAAAUGUUAUUUUGGGUUUACUGUUUCUUUUUUCUAAUAGAGUCUAGGCUUUUUACACUGAAAUAUAAAGAAAACAGCUUAGAGACACUGGAUUAGAAAUGCCUUUAUAGUCGAAUACAGCUGCUUCUCGAAAUGCA